ACCAAACAAAUGUAAUUUUCUUUUCUUUUUUCCCUAUAAUUGUCUUAGUUUUCUUUGUCUUUUAUUUAUUUAUUAUUAUAUUUUCAUACUAUUCCAUAACUAUAGAGGGCAGUGAUGCACUUAAAUGCCGCAUACAACCCACCAAGCCAGCAGCUGACCAAUCAGCGUGCAGCACUAUGUAAAACAGGAAGUCCUCAUGACAACGCAGCACACUAAAGAGCCUGGGAGAAUGUCAUCAAUGAGAUCUUAAACCUAGAAUUCCUUCUGCUGAUUCCUGAAGAUAGUUUUUGACAGGCAGCAGACCUUACCUUUGGACCCUGCGGUGUUUACAGCUGCUGAGAUGGAGGUCACCGGGAGUAAAGAUGAACCUCGGACGGAGUUUAUCUACUGCUAUGGCGCGAACACCGAGCUCCUCAAGUUUGGAUCCUGCCGGUUACAACCCGGACACAAAAACCUCAUUCUAAUCAUCCCAGGUAAUCCUGGUGUGGUGGGCUUCUACAGGACCUUCAUGCAAACACUUUAUCGCACAUUUGACUGUAGACACCCAGUGUGGGCCAUAAGCCAUGCAGGCCACUGUAUACCCCCAGACUCCAUGGACAUGAUUGAAGAUGGCUCCUCAGCAGUAGAGCGUGAUGUGUUUGGUCUCGUUGGACAGAUUGAGCACAAACUAGCCUUCCUCAAGAAACAUGUUCCCAGAGAAACCAACCUCAUCCUGAUUGGCCACUCCAUCGGCUGCUACAUUAUUCUGGAGAUGAUGAAGAAAGACCCAGAGCUCAAGGUUCUCAGAGCUGUCAUGCUGUUUCCUACCAUCGAGCGCAUGGCUCAGACUCCUCAGGGGAAGGUCAUGACACCGGUGCUGUGUCAGCUGCGGUAUCUGGGCUACCUGCCACUCUUCCUGCUCUCUCUGCUACCUGACAGCUUAAAAUACAGCCUGAUUAAACUGGUGCUCAGUGGCAUCCACUCCUUGGACCUGAGCGUGAUCCGACCCACUGUCAGUCUGCUCAAUGGAGACUGUGCAGCCAAUGCUAUGUAUAUGGGUGGCCAGGAAAUGAAGGCAGUUCUGGACAGAGACAACAGAACCAUCAAGGAAAAUCUUGACAAGAUAAUAUUUUACUAUGGAGCUAAAGACCACUGGUGUCCUGUGCAGUAUUACCUGGACAUGAAACAGGACUUCCCUCAUGGAGACAUCAGACUGUGUGAGAGGGAAUUCCGUCACGCUUUUGUCCUGGAUGCAGGAAGUGAGGUUUCCAAGAUGGUGGCUGAAUGGAUCCAUGGAGAUUUAAGGACAUGAUCCCUGGACAGGUCGGCGACCACAGUUCUGACUUGACAUUAAACUCUUCAAUAAGAAGUGAAAUGUCGAAAAAACCUGAGGAGGUCCAGUUUCCUACGUCUGAACUUCUUGGGAUUUCCAAAAACGAUUUAGUAAAUAAUACAACUACAGAUAGUUUACUUACUGUAACUGAUCAAAUGACCUGGAUGACUGAGAACCUGACUGCUAAUCUGAAGAAGAUGGAGAUGUUUUAAUCUAUGGCUCUACCUUUACAGCCAUGUUCAAGAGAAUCUAGCAUAGGGGUCUCAAACUCCUGGUCUGGGGGCAACUUUCAGUCCGCAAACAUCUACAUCUGACCUGUAGCUGAGUGUCAGUAAUAAUUUUGCCCUUGAUGUAGUUUUUAUUUAUAUAUAUUUUUUCAAUGAUCAAAAAUACUAUUAAUAUAUAUUUUUACAAGCUGUUUAUGCUGUAGUAAUAUACAGUGUAAAUAUAUACAGUGUUUCUAAAAUGUCUUGGUUUUAUUGAAUUUGCACUGAUGUGACCCUCCAAGGAAUUGCCCAUGGCAGCAGUGGCCCCCAGUUCAUUUGAGUUUCAGACCCCUGCUUCAGAGGGACCAUUCAGUUUUAGGGACCAGUGUGAAUGAGGAUGUGGAUAAAAUACUUCAACUUCAACACUGACGACAACUGACAUUUUAAUUUAGAUGAUUGUUUAGCAAAUACAAUAUAAAAUAUGUUGUAAUUGGUUUAAGUCCCUUCCCAACAUCCAAUGUUGAACAGCACUUCCUUUUACAUGUCACUGUUACUUCUAUUUAAUAAUGAGUGUCAUUAAUUUACAACAAGCAUCUGUUUGUGUUCACCUUCACACUUCAACUUCCAACCAUUUGUCUGCAUCAGUGAUUCCCAACCUCUGUCCAGCGUACCAUGGAAAAUGAUCCAAUUUCACUUGAUUGGUCUGAAAACAAUUAUUAAUUUACUGCAGGUGAUUUGUCUUCAUUUGUCUGUACUAUAGUGACAGGCAGAUCAAUUAUUCUUCCACUAGAGGGCAGCAGUAAAAAAAUGUCAUUGAUUGUUGAGGUUGUGUGUCUUUCUUCAAUUCCUGAAUGUAUAUCAGUGCUGUAUCCGACUAAACAGGCCCAGGUUCAAGUGUAAUAUUUAUACA